CCCCCCCUCCCCUCCUUUCCCUCCUUGAGCCGGAAAAUGAGGCAAUCCCCCGGCUGGAUGUUUUCCUUCUAGCCUUGGGAGGAGACUGGCCUGGGGUUGAGCCCUUUGCACUGCUUUGCAAGGCAGAGUUUGGGAAAGGGGGAUCCGCUUGGCCCACUUUUUGGACCAAGCUUGGAUCUGGAAGCUUCCUCUCUCGACUAGUUUGAGAGAGAAAGAGAGAGAGAGAGAGAGGCCUAGAUUGCAUUCCUCUGGGGGGAAAGGAAGGGGGGUCUCGGGGAUGAUGUCCCAUGACACGAGCGAGAGGCCCCCCAACCCCGAGCCGCCCCCCGCCACGGUCUUCGUCCUAGUGGAAGACCCACGCUCCACGGACGCCAUCCAGCUGCUCAGCCUUGACUCCGUGCUUCCAGAGUCUGGGAUUGUGGCCGACAUUGACUUGGAGAAUAUCCUCUCCCUGAACAGCGACAACUUCUACGAGCUCAAGAGCCAGCCUAUUGGUGUCAGCCCGCCAAGUGCUCCGUCGCAAGGUCCCAGCAUGUCGUCGCGGGUGCUUCUCCGCCAGCAGCUGAUGCGGGCACAGACCCAGGAGCAAGAGCGCCGGGAGCAGCAGCAAGCUGCACAGUUCACCCCUACACCCCUGGCGCCUUCCACACCUGCCAUUUCUGUGAGCCCACUGGCUCGCCCUGCACCUGCCCAGGUCCCUGUGGAGGUAUUGAAGGUUCAGACUCACCUGGAGAACCCCACCAAGUACCACAUCCAGCAAGCUCAGCGGCAGCAGGUCAAGCAGUACCUCUCCACUGCCAUGGGCAACAAAAUGGCAACCCAGGCCUUAGCUGGGGCCAGCCCAGGGGCACCACCUUCCUGCUCCCCACAGGCUGCCUCUGCCCCUGAGUCUCAACAUGGUUUGACUCAGCAGCAGCCGCAACAGCAGGGAGUGGCAGGUGGGACUGGGAGUGCCCCCAAUAGCCCCAUGGCUAUGCUGAACAUUGGCUCCAGCUCUGAGAAAGAGAUUGAUGAUGUCAUAGAUGAAAUUAUCAGCCUCGAAUCCAGCUACAAUGAUUAUGGCGGUCUACAGAUGCCUAGCACUCUGCCUGUCUCUGGAAACCUCCUGGAUGUGUACAGCAACCAAGGGAUGAUGGAGCCAGUUGUAACUGUCAGCAACUCUUGCCCAGCUGACCUGCCCAAUAUCAAGAGAGAGAUGUCAGAGAAUGAAGCCAAAGCAUUUCUGAAAGAAAGGCAGAAGAAAGACAACCAUAAUCUCAUUGAGCGGCGGCGGCGGUUCAACAUCAAUGACAGAAUCAAAGAACUGGGGACUCUCAUUCCAAAAUCAAAUGAUCCGGAGAUGCGUUGGAACAAAGGGACCAUCCUGAAGGCUUCGGUGGACUACAUUCGGAAGCUCCAGAAAGAGCAGCAGCGCUCAAAGGAGAUGGAGAUCCGGCAGCGGAAGCUGGAGCAGGCCAAUCGUAGCUUGCAGCUGCGUGUGCAGGAAUUGGAGUUGCAGGUCCAGAUGCACGGGUUGCCGUUGACUUCGAUGACGCAGUCUUUGGCAGGAGACACAGUUCCCCCCUUUGCAGACUCCCUGGAUCUGCCGUUCUCGGCUGAGGAACUGGGGCUGGGUCUUGCGCUGGGAUCGGACGGAGGAGCUCUGCAGGAUGUUCUCAUGGACGAUGGGACUGCUCUGUCCCCACUCGGCGCCUCCGACCCACUGCUUUCUUCUGUCUCGCCUGGCGCCUCCAAGGGCAGCAGCCGCCGUUCCAGUUUCAGCAUGGAAGACGACUCGUGAUGGCAGCAUGUGGGACUCUGGUGGUUGGAAAAGAAGAGCUGGAUAAGGCUCCACCUCUCAUACAUUCGGCCCUUCCUCGGUCAGACCUUUCCUCUGAUCCCGAUAGAUCCAAAAUGUGGAGGCUCCUCCCCAUGUCCUUUCCGAAUUACCACCUCUUUUCAGCAUUCUGUUGCCCCCUCAACCGGGGAACAGGAAGGAUAGCAUGGAUUCAGUUUCCUUCCAUGGGAAAGCAGGCUUGCUGAGCUGUUUUUGAUACCAAAUCUCCCUAGAAAGCAGCAGAAGUAGGUUAUCCAUUAUCAAAGGAUGGGACCCUAAACCAUGUGUACUCACCGAAGGUUCAGAGAUGCCAGAGAGUAGAUCUGUAUGCAUUUCCCUAUCCCUGCCCUGUUUUAAAACUCUAGUAGGGCAUUUCUUUAUCACUGUGUGAGGAGUGUAUAGCCACCCACUUUGGUUUGCUCACUCCAGCCCUUGCUUUAUAGACCCUUUGCACCUUCACUGUAUAUAAUUUAGGAAGCUGGCUUGAGAGGGGAGGAGGAAAGUGGCCUCUUUUUCAGAGCUUUUGCAUAGCACAGAGCCUUGUCCUCCUCUUCCUCCUUCCUUUUUUUAAAAAAUAAGCAUUAUUUUAUAUAGAUAUUGGACAUUUUUUUAUUUGUAAAUCUUACCCUUCUUGAAACUGCUGCUUUAACAUUUGGUGAAACUUUGGGGUUUUUAUUUUAUUUGUGCAAUUUUGUUCACUUCUGAAUUGGCUGAAAGAAAAACCUGAUUUUAUCCCUCAUGUUUUCCUUGUGAGCAGAGGAAUAAGGGAGAGGAAAGUAGUGAAAUAGAUCCCUCGCGCUUACUUGUAUGUUCAUUCAAACCUUAAGAGUAACAACUGCUCAAUAGGACUUAAUUGCUACCUACCCUAUCUUUUUUUAAUUUAAAUAUCUCUCCCGUUUUUAAAUAUAUAUGUAUAAAUAAAGUUAUAAUCACUUUUUAAAGAGGAAUUUUGCAUACUAUAUAGAUCUGAAGAGAAAUGUUUAGAAAUGAGACUGUAUUGUUUAUUGAAUCAACUAGCCUUUGAUUGAAAACCAGGCUUCUGUAUGAACUGUUUUUUGAUGGGCAUUAGAAAGUUAUUGUAAUUGUUGCAAAGACAAUCAUUUGGUCUCUACUGUGUGAAUGCAGUCAGACAGAAGUGUUAACCCCMCCCCCCCCCCCCAAUUAUGAAAACACAAACCCUUUAAAAGCUCAGUUCGCACAACAUUGUCUCUGUUGUUGGAUGUCUAGAUUGGGUUAAAGUGAAAAGAUUAUUGGCCACUGCCCUUCAAGAGGCAGUGCUGCAAAAUACUUCUUGGGAUGAUCAGAAAGGUACCAUAGGUUGAGUAUCCCUUAUCCAAAAUGCUUGGACUAGGAAUGUUGCAGAUUUUGGAAUGUCAUAUUUGUAUAUACGUACACAUAUCUUGGGAGAUGGGACCCAAGUGUAAACAUGAAAUGGAAUUAUGUUUCAUAUGGACAUAAAUUGAAUUUACACAGUAUUUUAUAAUGUUAUGAAUGAAACCAAGUUUGUGUACAUUGAACCAUUAGAAAAGCAAAUAUAUUAUUGUUGCAACCACUUAUGUGGACAAUUUAGGAGUAUUUCAAGAUUCUGGAUAGCGGAAGCUCAACCUGUACUUUACUAUAUUUGAACACAUCAUUAUGUUUAAAAUAUGGAAGGCUGGAGGAAUGAUCACACCUCUAUCUUGACACCUUUUGCAUGAGAAAUGAGAAGAUGGGUAAUCAGUGCAAACUCAUGUUCUUUCAGUAUGUCUUGCUAGUAAGAAAAUAAUUGAGAGCAGAGCAAGUUGGGAAAAAGUGAGAUUAGGUAAGUGGUUGUAGAUGCUGAAGUAAUAGGGCUAGGCUUCACUAACAAAGCAUUGCGUGAGAGUGUAGUGUUCAGGGGAUGACAGAGGGGAGAAUUUCAGAACGAGGGAAGGAACUGGUUUUCCUGUUGUGGGUUCUUCACCCUCCAUGACCCAGACACCACUUUCUGUCCUUUCUACUUUGUAUGUUUAAACAUUCCCACUUCUGAUAAUAGAAGCUUCUAAAGAAAUAAACUAGCAAUGAGCAUUUUCUAUA